GUGGAAAUAUGGCUGCCGCCAGUUUCGGCGUUCUUUGCAGAAAAGCCUUAACCGGCCUGAAGGUUUCCAGGUCACUUAUAAGUCCUCAGGCCCUAGCUAGCACAGGGUAGUCCGUGGGGUCUGUGGAUACCCAGCAUUUGUUGAAUUAAACCUAGAGGUACAGAAGCAUCCUGUUUGGCUGGUUGCAGGUUUUCCCUUAGUCUUUUGCCUAAGAACAUACCAAAUGUCACAUCUUUUCACCAGUGUAAAUUACUUCAUACCACGUUGUCAAGGAAAGGACUGGAAGAAUUUUUUGAUGACCCAAAGAACUGGGGGGAAGAAAAAGUGAAAUCUGGAGCUUCAUGGACCUGUCAGCAAUUAAGGAAUAAAAGUAAUGAAGAUUUACAUAAACUUUGGUAUGUGCUGCUGAAAGAACGGAACAUGCUCCUAACUCUGGAGCAGGAGGCCAAGCGGCAGAAAUUGCCAAUGCCGAGUCCGGAGCGGUUAGAAAAGGUAAUAGAUUCCAUGGAUGCAUUAGAUAAGGUUGUACAGGAAAGAGAAGAUGCUUUAAGACUUCUUCAAACUGGUCAAGAAAAAGCUAGACCUGGUGCUUGGAGAAGAGACAUCUUUGGAAGAAUCAUCUGGCACAAAUUCAAGCAGUGGCCUAUACCUUGGUACCUAAAUAAAAGAUACAAUAGGAAGCGAUUCUUUGCGAUGCCCUACGUGGAACGUUUUGUCAGAUUGAGACUUGAGAAACGAGCCCGCAUUGAAGCAAGAAAGAAAAGUUUAGAGAAAAAGAAAGAAAAAUUUCUUCAGAAAAAGUUUCCACAUCUUUCUGAAGCCCAGAAGUCAAGUCUUGUCCAAAAUGUCUGAAUUCUUAAGUUGCCAUUUUGUUUUCCUUGGAUAACUGUCUAUAUACAAAAGUACAUAUGUAUUAAGUAAUUUUAUUAAAAAUCUGUGUUUUUAGUCA